ACCCGUUGUCCUACGUGAGCGACAAACGCGACAACGCGACACGACGCGACGCGACGCGAAAAUAUCAAGUAAAUGGUUGUAUAUGUGUGUGGCCUACGUUUUCGGGUUAAUCAGUCUACGACAAGACGCGACGAAAUGCGAACUUGUUUUGUUCGCGACGAGACACGACAGUAUGUCAAUAUUGACAGUUCGUUGGACACGACACAUUGUGAGUGAAGAAGUGAGUUUAUAAAGCAAAUAGUAGUGUUCUAGUUUUAUAAAAACAUGGAUCUGGAACUCCUUAUUAAUGCAGUGCGAGAACAAAAACUAUUGUGGAAUAAAAAACAUAAAGAUUACAGAAAUCGUUUAUUGGCAAGAAGAGCUUGGAAGCGUGUUGCUGAUGGACUUGGCUGCACUAGUGCAGAUGCCCAAAAAAAGUGGAAAAAUCUACGUGAUUCUUUUGCUAGAGAAUUGAAAAAAAUCCCUAAAAGACGAUCUGGUGCUGACGCUGAAAAUGGUGGGGGGGAGUACAGGGGUGAUUGGCCAUAUUUUGAGGCGAUGAAAUUUUUAGAAGUAGUUAUAAAGCCACGUGCAAGUACCACAAGCGUUCCUAGGAUAUUUUUAGAUGAAACAGAUAUGCUUGACGAUGACACAAUUAUGUCCGUUUUGUCAGAUUCCACAGUAGUAUCGGGUAAUACAGAUACUAUAACAGAAAAUCAAACUGAGACACAACAUGAAGAUGACAGCAAUUCGGUCGCUCAUGCUACUGAAGGUCAAUUUGCUCUAGAACAAGAUGCCAUGGAACCAACUGAAAAUGAUAAUUUAACACCUGGAAUGUCCCAGAUUAACCAGUCAGUUGGUACGUCGCGUCCACAAACCCGUCAUAAUCAAUCUGAAGCUGCUGUUGAAAAAAAGAGGAGAAACCCCACUGAUAUUUCAGAAGUAUUUAUGAAUCUUGAGAGAGAGAAAAUUAAGUUGUUAAAGAAGGACAUGGACGUUCAGGAUGACGAUGAUCUGAAUUGGUUCAAAUCUAUAUCACCAUAUUUAAAAAAAUUGCCACCACUAAAUAAACUUCUGUUUCGGACAAACGUACAAGAAAUUCUUUUCAAUGAAUUAGCAAAAUUCGAGCCACAACAACAAUCAUCAUCAUCCCAGACUUCGCAACCUUAAUCAUCAUCAUCAUCCCUGUCUUCGUCAAGCACCAUUGCUUUUUUCAAUUUAAAUUGUGCUACGCAAUAGUUUAUUAAAUAAAUAAAAAUUAAUAAUAACUA